UAAUUCCUCCUCUCUAAAUUUUUUGACUUUGUUUUUAUAUAUCUGCAAUUUGUCGGUGGUUCUUACAGUUGUUAUUAUAUAUAUCCAGUUUCAGCAUUGAAAAGAUUCGAUCUUGUUUAAUGGUGGGUUCUAAUAAUUAUUCCCCAAGAAAGCGUAAGGUCACUCAAUUCAUCACCCGUCAAGUAUCUGAGGCUAGCAGAUGUGAAGAUUUCAUCGACACAAAUCUUGAAGGGAAGUUCUCAGAAUAUGAGGCAGCUAAACUGGUGAAAAUUGCUCUGCUUUGCACAGGCCGUCCAUGGACAAUGUCAUGCAAGAACUAAGUGAACUAAGUGAACUGGUUGGCAGUUCUUAAAUUCCUAGGGAAGUCUGAAGUCAUUGCCUUGCCUUGAGGCAAGUUUCAACUAUUUCUAACAUUUGUUUAUUUUUUUCGUAUUUAUUUCUAACAUAUGGUUAAUGUGGGAUGUUGGCUACUAAAUGUUUCUAAUGGCAUGUUCUUUUCCCAAGGACUGUGCCAACCUGAUCAUGGCUGUAAUUUGUGGGUGGGAAGAGAAAUGUGACUACCAUGUAGAACUCCACCCUUGUAAUCGUUUUAGCUUAAUUUUAGUUAUUUGAAACAAAAUUGUUAUUCAUUU